AUGGCUGUCGAUGUACCUCGUGCUGUGAUUAAUAAACUCAUGCUGUUCACUGCAGCAAUGGUUAUACUGCCCGUACUUACUUUUUUCGUCAUUCAGCAAUUUACACCAAAUACCUUAAUCAGUGGAGGUUUGGCUGCUGCAAUGGCCAAUGUUGUUCUGAUUGUUUACAUCGUUGUAGCCUUCCGUGAGGAGGCCGAAGAUCAUAAGGUUGACGGUAGCAAAAAGGAAGAUUGA